AUACAAUCUGCAUUAUCAAAAGAAACAAAAAAUGGGAAAGAAGAGCUCUGUUUCAAUCCUCUGCUUCUUAACCAUAAGCUUCAGUGCCAUUUCUGUUUCAGCACAAAAUGAUAACUGUGACAACACUGGUGGGAACUUCAAACCCAACAGUCCAUAUGACAAGAACCGACAUCUCAUCCUCUCUGCUCUGCCUUCUAACGUCACGGCUCACCACGGCUACUUCAACGGCUCCAUCGGGCUUGGCCCGGACCGCAUCUACGCCAUGGGGAUGUGUGCUCCAGGUGCUGCAUCAGAAGAUUGCUCUUACUGUAUCAAAGACGCAUCCAAGCAAUUACUACAGAUCUGCCCGAACCAGACAGAGGCUUUCUCAUGGUCUGGUCAAGAGAUCGUCUGCCUUGUUCGCUACGGUAACAAAUCCUUCUCCGGGGUCCUCGUCUUGGAGCCGUAUAAUGUGUAUUUCAAUUACAAGGACAUAAGUAAAGAAGACCAGAACGAAUUUUAUAGUGUGUGGGAUGGUUUAAUGUCUCGUAUGAUCGGAGUAGCUUCUUCGUCGGUGAGAAACAAUUCGUCUACUUCUUUAUCUUCUUCUAGUAGUAAAUACUAUGCAAAGGAUGGAGCUCCGGUGCCGGUUUACGGGAGAAUAUACGUGUUGAUGCAAUGCACUCCAGAUGUUACUUCUGAGGAUUGUAAACUUUGUCUACAGAGAAGCGUUGAUUACUACAAGAUAUGGUAUAAUGGGAAGAGAGGCUGCAUUAUAUUGCGGCCAAGUUGCUUUUUCCGGUGGGAAUUGUAUACUUUCUCUGGUGGUUUUGAUAGUGCUAAUAACAUAAGUUCACCUCCUUCUUCACCGCCGCCUUCUGCAGCCAACGUGACCGAUAUAACCAAAAAAGAUAAAAGAAUCUCAGGUGGAAUUGUGGCAGCAAUUGUUAUUGUUAUCGUCAUUACAUUACUAUUGAUUGCGGUAGGAGUAGUUAUUUUCAAGAGGAGAAAGCAAAACCAAGAUACUACACUUCAAUCUGAAUCUGUACAAUUCGAUUUAAAGACGAUUGAAGUUGCAACGAGCAACUUUUCUGAGAGUAACAAGCUAGGUGAAGGUGGAUUUGGCGAAGUCUACAAGGGUGUGCUCCCAGAUGGAACUGAAGUUGCGGUGAAGAGACUGUCGAAAACAUCAGUACAAGGUGAAACAGAGUUCAAGAACGAGGUUGUUGUUGUUGCAAAGCUUCAGCACAGGAAUCUUGUUAGGCUUCUUGGGUUCUCGCUACAAGGAGAAGAGAAGUUACUCGUCUAUGAGUUUGUUCCCAACAAAAGCCUCGAUUUUUUCUUAUUUGACUCUCUGAAGAGAGCUCAGUUAGACUGGACAGUGCGACACAACAUCAUCAACGGGAUCACACGAGGGAUACUAUAUCUUCAUCAAGAUUCAAGGCUAACAAUCAUACAUCGUGACCUUAAGGCUAGUAACAUUCUCUUAGAUGCAAACAUGAAUCCCAAAAUUUCUGAUUUUGGAAUGGCAAGAACCUUUGAAAUGGACCAAGGUGGAGCAAAUACAAGAAGGGUAGUUGGAACCUUCGGUUACAUGUCUCCCGAGUAUGUAACACAUGGCCAAUUCUCGACGAAAUCAGAUGUCUAUAGCUUUGGAGUGUUGAUACUUGAAAUCAUUAGUGGCAAGAAGAACAGCAGCUUCUACCGCAUUGAUAGUUCAGUAAACAACUUAGUCACAUAUGUCUGGAAACUUUGGAAGAACAAUUCAUUGACUGAACUCAUAGAUCCCGGCAUACAAGAAGAAUGUAUCGUAGAAGAGUGUAAAAAGGAUGAAAUCACUAGAUGUAUCCAUAUUGGAUUAUUAUGCGUUCAAGAAAAUCCUGCGGAUCGUCCAUCAAUGUCGAAGAUUCACCAGAUGCUCACAAACAGUUCACUUAUUCUUCCUCUGCCUAGGCCACCUGGAUUUUUCUUCCCAAAUGGACCAGGAUUGAACUCAUCAGGUCAAUCGAGUCAAUCUGCUAGCAAGUCUUUUACUUGUUCGGUAGAUGAGGCAACAAUCACCAGUGUUAAUCCUCGUUGAAGAUACUACAUUUUCUGUUUGGUUACGUAAAAGUUUUUAAUUAAGGGUUACUUUGAGUUAGAACUUAGAACCACCAGGGCCAACAUGUGUAACGUGUUUCUAGCUCUUAGUAGCAACUAAACAUAUUUUUUUUUUGAUUAUGUCUGUUUGCAUUUGAUGAGCCCAAAAAGAAAAGAAGCAUGCGUCGAAGUUGGGGAACUC